GUUCCCACCACCAUUAUCAAUCCUUUCUUGAUUUUCAGGCUGCUUUCUUCAUUCCACAUUUUCAAUCUCCAAAUUCCCCUUUGAAUCCUCCAAUUUCUCAUCCCAUAAAACCUUUCUAUUUCCCCAUACACUCCACCCUCAAAACAAUCAAUUGUUUCUUUCCUUCUAAUUUCUUCACCAAUGAAGUUUAACAACUUUCUCUUUCUCCUCAUCUUCAUAACCUCUGUUUUCAGGUUUCAUGCUCAUGUUACUUUAAACCCUAAUUCCUCUUCUCUCCUCACCGGAAUCCAAAUCCCACACAACUUCAACCCCGAUUCAUCUUCAUCUUCUCUAGAUUGCGACUUCACAUCGCCGGAAAACUCACAAACCCUAACAAAACCGUCGGUCAAACUCCACCUGAAACGCCGAUCACCUGGCUCGUUCAUCGACUCAGCCGUUAACGAUUUGACUAGGAUUCAAACCCUUCACAAACGGAUCCUAGAAAAAAAGACUCGCAACUCGCUAAAAAACCCGAAGAAAACCGAUCACCGUCACACCAAAACCAUAAAACCGAAACAAGAAGUUGAAGCACAACCACCGCAGCCGGCGGAAACCUACGCCGGAAAACUCAUGGGAACAUUAAAGUCAGGUGUGACCUUAGGCUCCGGUGAGUAUUUCAUGGAUGUUUUCAUAGGCACUCCACCUAAACAUUACUCGUUAAUUUUAGACACCGGUAGUGACCUAAACUGGAUUCAAUGCACACCAUGCUACGAUUGUUUCGAACAAACCGGACCUCAUUACGAUCCGAAACAAUCUUCAUCUUACAAAAAUAUUAGCUGCAAUGACCGUAGGUGCAGUUUAGUAACAUCCCCUGACCCGGUCAAACCUUGUAAAAAACCCGAAUCUGAAUUAUCUGACACGCAAUCUUGUCCGUAUUUUUAUUGGUAUGGAGACAGCUCAAACACCACUGGCGAUUUUGCGACCGAGACGUUUACGGUUAAUUUAACCACAAACGUUGACGGUCGCAAAAUGCGUCACCAAGAGGUGAAGGUGGAGAAUGUGAUGUUUGGUUGCGGGCAUUGGAAUCGCGGGUUGUUUCAUGGUGCUGCGGGUCUGUUGGGCCUGGGUCGUGGCCCGUUGUCGUUUGCUUCACAGCUUCAAUCUUUGUAUGAUCAUUCUUUUUCUUAUUGUUUAGUUGAUCGGAAUAGUAACUCGAGUGUGAGUAGUAAGUUGAUUUUCGGGGAGGAUAAGGAUUUAUUGAAGCAUCCGGAGCUGAAUUUUACGUCGUUGAUAGGUGGGAAUGAAGCGCCGGUUGAUGUGUUCUAUUAUGUUCAUGUUAAAUCGGUUGUUGUCGCCGGAAAGGUUCUCGACAUACCGGAGAAGACGUGGGAUUUAACGGCCGAUGGGUAUGGUGGAACCAUAAUUGAUUCGGGUACUACAUUGAGUUACUUUGCGGAUCCUGCUUACAAUAUUAUUAAGAAGUCAUUCAUGGAGAACAUCACACGAUUCCCAUUGGUCGACGAUUUCCCGAUUCUCGAGCCAUGUUACAACGUGUCGGGGAUCCCGGAUUACAAAAACGAUUUACCGUCGUUUGGGAUUGUGUUUAAUGAUGGCGCGGUGUGGAACUUCCCUGUCGAGAAUUACUUUAUCAAGCUCGAGCCGGAAGAGAUUGUGUGUUUGGCGGUUUUGGGGACGCCGCGAUCGGCUUUGUCGAUAAUUGGGAAUUAUCAACAACAGAAUUUUCAUAUCAUGUAUGAUACGAAGAAGUCUAGGCUCGGGUAUGCGCCAACAAGGUGCGCUGAUGUUUAACUUAACAUCGGGAAAUAUGUAAUGAAGUUGUGUGACAAAUAGGCGGAUGUGUAAGCAAAGCAAAGUAGCGAACGAAGCCUUAUUUUUAUUUUUUAUUCUUUUUAUAAUUUUUUUUCGGUCGAGAAUGACCGGGGCAUAGAUUUAACACAUGAUUGACAAUAUAUUUGUUCUUGGAUGUCCAUCAAUAAUAUAAAGUUUUUAUAAUUGUUGUA